CGCAGUCGCCGCGGACCAACUCGCGUCCCGCGCCAGUCACGUGAUGACGCAGUAACCUCAUCGAUGACAUUGUAAACCAGCAAUGGGCGUCUUCCCAUGGCAUUUCCCGGCCACAAUCCCAAAGUACAAUGUCCAAGGAUAUCCCAGGCACCUCUUAAGGGUCUCAAAAUCCCUGGUAACCCCCUUUGAAGGGCAUUUACGAUGCACGCGGCUUUCACACCGCUCUAGGUUUACCUGACCCAGUACUUUGGUUCACCAGUGCAGCCGACGCCAUUUCGGGGCAUAUUAGAGGAUGGCACAAUCUCUGCGGCGCCGUACGGUGGUAGCCCUGGAACAGCGUGUUCGCCGGGCACAAGGGCCUACAACAAGCCUGCUCUAGCCCCCUCUCUUCCUGCCUUCGGCUCCUCGAACCUAUCCAUCGGUUCCACUUCACAUCCGAUUAGUACCCAACAUUCAAGAUUCUAACCACUAUCAUUGGUGAUUUUCACUCAUGAAUCACACUCAUCCAUUCCCUGCUAUGACUCUUUUGACAGGGGGCUCUCCCUAUGAUUGACUUUCUAGCAAGCAUCUUGGUGUCUGAUUGUUCGCCUGCCGCAACGUCUUUUCCCUCUUGAGGGGGCACGUUGUACCGCAGUCUCCUCGCCUUGCUUUUCUUUCAAGAGAUGGUGAUAGACCUUCUUGGCGCAGAGGCGAAACGCCACGUAUGUAUCUGCUGCUUCUUGCGGUGGGCUGGCAGACGCUACCGCAUCGGGUCCGCAGGACACAACGCAGUCCUUUGUGCGCACCUUGGAAGGAAGAAUAUCCCGCCCCUCAAUCCGCAGCAGAGCAGUUCUCUGGCUUAAACGUCUGUCUUAUAAUUCAAAAUUCUUAUGGGUCUCUAACUGCGGGAUUUGACCCAUCACUUGCGCAUCACUUUCCAAAGACAGUUUAACACAUGAUCCUCCAGAACCUAAUAUACGUGCGCACCUCACGCUCACUGACUCGGUAUCUCUAUUAUUUCGUUGGCUCUCAAUCAAUUUGGAUCGCCACUGGAUAACAAGCUUGCCAAGAGUGGGUUUUAAAGAAGAAAUUUUUUUUUUUUCUGAAAGAAAUGCUCUUGGAGUUUGUAAUUGUUCCGUAGGAGCGGUUGGACCGCCUCGCUCGCAAAUGAUGACAACCGGCAGAAGGUGAUUAAGAUGAAAUCGAGCGCCCCUUGUUCAUACCUUGGAUAGGCUCCUUUAC